CGACCAGAGAGUUUCCCGAAACUGGCUAGGAGAUGAGGAAAGUGGGAAAGGUCAACGCCUCCCACUCUUUUCCAUUGAUGACGUCAUUGUACACGUCAUAACACAACUCGGGCCCUUUUUUUUUCUCCUCUCGUUUCUUUCUUUGUCUCCCAAACAAAAAGGACGUUACUGGUCUUUGUAGCCAGCUUUUAUUUUCGUUAUUAUUUAAAUAGCUAGCGAGUGUAGUUACUCUAGUCGUGUCUCGUUCCACCAUAAGUAUCCAACCCGCCAGGAUUCCAUCUCACUCUCACUACUCUUACUCUCUCACACUCAUCGCCAAGUAAGCAGCAUUGCAGCAACAACAACAACAACAAAAACACCCUUAACUCCACCAUGUACGGAAACCAAACAGCCGCCGAUUUCCUGCUCUUCCCCUCCGCCGCCACGAUGGACACGGAUCAGGCCGCCGCUACCUCGCCGUUCCUCCCUCCCGCCGCCGCCUCGCACCACCUUCCGUCGGCAGCUCUCCUGCAACACUACCAACACGCUUUGUCGGCUAGAAUACUGAUGGACUCACCCGCCGGUCAACAUCAGAGCAGCAGCAGCUGCAGCAGCUCUCCUCCCCCGCCGCCGAACACCACCUCCUCGUCCGGCUUGCCAGGCAGUGGUCCCAUGCAGCGGAGCCUCAGCAGCCACUCACUGGCACACGAGCUGUACCUGGCCGCUGGCCGCGGCGGCGCCGAGCAGUGCUACGUGGAGGACAGUAGCGCGGCGGUGAGGAGGGUCUUCAGCGCCGGAGAUUUGCAUCAGGGGCAGUAUUAUCAGCAUCGAAGCAGCAGCAAUGGCGGGAGCCGGGGAGAGAGCCCGUUGUCGAGCGAGAGCAGCGUGAUCAUCGAGAGCAUGAGCCGUGCAUGCAAGUACACUCCCGAGGAGAAGCAGCAACGCAUAGAACGGUACCGUACCAAGAGGAACCACCGCAACUUCAACAAGAAGAUUAAGUAUGAGUGUAGGAAGACGCUGGCGGACAGUAGGCCGAGGAUAAGAGGAAGGUUUGCGAGGAACGACGAGAUAAUAACUGAUCAUAACGGUCUUGAUCACGUAAGUGGUGAUCAUCAUCAUCAGUAUCAGUAUCAGUAUCAGUAUCAAGAUCAGAUUCAGGAGCAGCAGUGGUCGAGCAGCAAUCAGAACUACGGGGAAGAGUGUUAUGAUGCGGAGGAAGAAGACGAUGAUAACUAUUGGGUUAAUUUCCUCAAUGCAGCAAAUUCCUUCCCUUGAUAUGUAAUCACUUUAGGGAUAUGAUUAACUAGUUCCUAGUUAGUCACUAAUUAAGUAAAGCUUCCUUUAAUUACAUUAUUAUUAUAUGUAUACGUACGUAUGGAGAAAGCUAUCAGCUGGAGAGGGAGCGAUGGAGUAGUACUCCACAUGGCUCCAUCAUGAGCAAGCAGAAGCUAUGUUAAAAAUAUAGCUAGCUGAUUGUGAUUGUGGUAGCUAGAGACUACCGUUUUCUGUUAGUUUAUUCUUGGUAUCACCGUGGCCGUAUAUAUAAAUAUAAAGCAUGUGGGGGGUUUCUCAGAUUGAUUGUUAAAGAUUAGUUUACUAAUGCAAUAUUACAAUUCUCUUUAUCUAUUAUAUGGUUUUGUUUUGUUUCACGGUGUUGUUUGAAGUGGUUAAGUAUCAUAUUCAUAUAUAGAUAUUUUUUAACAACUUGAGUUAUUCGAAUAAGAUGAGAGCUGGUUUGUUGUUGAAGUUAUGGUAUCGUUUGCUUGUGGGAUUUGGGUGAUGUAUUUGAUAUCAAAAUUCCAAGCAUUAUGUAUUUGCCAAAAAAAAACAUUGUUUGUUGAGGUAUACAAAUCCGUGGGACCAAAUCCGUGGACCCCACGUAUUUGCAAAUACCAUAUUUCAUUUGGUAUAUUUGGCCAUGAAAGAAAAAGAUUUGUGAACCAUGGUACAAAAAUCUUUAAAUCCAUGAUCAAAAUCAACUAAACAAACAAUGUUAUCUUUUACAACAAAUCCAUCAUAAAAUCCAAAGGGUUUCAAAAAUCAAAACCUUCAUUUUCAAAUAAAACAAGCAAACGAGCCAGUCAUGUUUAAGUCCUCACGACUUAAUAUUAACCAUUGUUUUUUGAGCACAUGGUAUGGUGGGCUGAUGCAAUAUUCAAGCCCAUAAGUUAGUUUCCGUUUGAACGGACGUGUAAGGAAAUGAUUAAGUACCAUAUAUGGAUGUCUCCCAACAACUCGAAUCAUUGUAAGCAUGUAACCAACGGAUUUAAGAAUAUUAUAUCAAUUCAUCAUAUGCAGCUAAACAAAUUAGAAACGAAGAUAAAACCUCGAUUAUAGGAAUGGAGGAUCAAAUUACACGUACUUGGUUGUCUGUAGUAUAGGAAUUGAAUGGUAUGAGGUAUUUUAUUCAAAAUUUCUGCCUCAAUUAGAUACAGGCUCAUAUGAUGUAUACGAUCGUUACGUAUAUUCCUCAUACGCGCGUAUCCAAUUCAGGCAGAAAUUUGGAAAAGAAAAACAAUAUCCUAUGUAAACAAGAAGCGCCUACCAGUUUCUUCUUUGUACGCCACUAAAUGACCGGUAAUAUUGACUAGUAAAAGUUAAGAUAGGUGUUUGCUACUGCAGCAGCUUGACACUCUAAGCGGAUGAAAUGCGGUCACCCUAUGAUGACUUGCACUGAGACACACUUUUCCAUUUUCUAAUUGUGGAAAUCAUUUUAUAUUUUCGCAUUAUUUUAUCAAGCACGUUUGUAAAGAUAAUUGCAAAUACUAUUUGAUUGAAUUUAACAAAUUAUAUUGCAAAAGAACCGUGUACAUCAUAGAAAAUAAAAUCGCAUUGAUGGA